AUGCAAACCUCCGAUGCCUCUAAUAUCCCGAGUCGUUUGAUCCCUUCCAAAUUUUCUCACCUGAACGCGGACAGUACUGGUUUCUCCCACGGAGCCUACAACUCAAACAGCAUCUCUUUGCAAGGAUUCUCGGACCGGAACCCUCGUCGGGCAAACAUUCCUGCCAUUAACACCACUGCCAUCCCAAGCACAUCCGAUAGCAUGGCAACCUCAGGAACCGCGUUCGACAUGAACUUUACCCCCCUCCUUCCUUCCCAGUUGCUGCUCGGCAGUCCGUUCCAGCCCGGGACUCCCUCCGCAUUUGCCUCGCCCCAAUUCACCAACUUUGGCGGCUUUUCCCAGAACGCGUCCGCACAAGGCCCCCAGAACCAAUUAGCUAGCCCAACGCAGGCGUCGCAUAAUGCUGGUCUAUACUCGAAUAUGAUGUCCGUGGACGGUCUAGGAAGCUCGCAGUUGCUGGGAGGCCCCCAGUCCCCUGUUGGUGGACUCGGUGGUUUGGGCACGGCGGCCUUCGGGAGUCCUGCCGCGUCCGUGACCCCUGGUCUUCUCUCGGGCACGAGCCGAACCGUGUAUCUGGGCAACAUUCCCGCAGAAACCCCUGCGGAAGAAAUAUUGAACCAUGUUCGGAGUGGUCAGAUCGAGUCGGUGCGCCUACUCCCAGAUAAGAAUUGUGCUUUCAUUUCUUUUCUGGACAGCAAUUCCGCCACCCAUUUCCAUUCUGAUGCUAUCCUAAAGAAACUGGCAAUCAAAGGAAACGACAUCAAGGUAGGCUGGGGUAAACCCUCGCAGGUGCCCACCUCGGUGGCUCUGGCAGUCCAGCAGUCCGGUGCGUCACGAAAUGUGUACCUCGGCAACUUGCCGGAGGAGAUGACGGAGGAUGAGUUGCGGGAAGAGCUAGGCAAGUUUGGUCCUAUUGACACCGUAAAGAUUGUCAAGGAAAAGGCCAUUGGCUUCGUCCACUUCCUCUCUAUUACCAAUGCUAUGAAAGCUGUCUCUCAGCUUCCCCAGGAGGCUAAAUGGCAGGCCCCCAGACGUGUUUUCUACGGAAAGGAUCGAUGUGCCUACGUCUCCAAAACACAGCAACAAAAUGCAGCCCAGUUCCUGGGAAUCGCCCCAGGAUACGCCCACAUUCUCAACUCCGCAGACCGCGACCUGAUUACCAAUGCUCUCGCCCAACAGUCCGUCGCAGCUGCGGCUGUUGCUACAUCGGCAGGUGGCGUGAAUAAUCUCGGUAACCGGACUAUCUACCUGGGUAACAUUCAUCCUGAAACUACCAUCGAGGAAAUAUGUAAUGUUGUGCGAGGAGGCCUUCUGCAUCAUAUUCGUUACAUUCCCGACAAGCAUAUCUGCUUUGUGACAUUUAUUGACCCGACCUCCGCUGCCUCUUUCUAUGCCCUUAGUAACUUGCAAGGGCUUAUGAUUCACAAUCGCCGCCUGAAGAUCGGUUGGGGUAAACACUCUGGCCCUCUCCCUCCAGCCAUUGCACUGGCUGUAAGCGGCGGUGCAUCCCGCAAUGUGUAUGUCGGCAACCUGGAUGAGUCGUGGGCCGAGGAGCGUCUCCGUCAAGACUUUUCCGAGUAUGGAGAGAUCGAGCUCGUGAACACAUUGCGCGAGAAGAGCUGCGCUUUCGUUAACUUCACCAACAUCGCUAACGCCAUCAAAGCCAUCGAGGGCAUGCGAAACCGUGAGGAGUACCGCCGCUUUAAGAUCAAUUUUGGCAAAGAUCGUUGCGGAAACCCACCGCGUCAAACCGGUACCAACGGACAGCAGAACCGCAACGGAGGCGGCAUUGAUGGACCACAGUCACCUUCCCCUGCACUCAAUGGUUUCCAGAGUCUGAGUCAGUCUGGCUCUCAGUCCAGCCCAACUCGACCCGCCCUGUCACCCGCGCCUGGUUCCACUGGAUCGCAGAAUGGCCAGCAGAACCGACACCCACUUCAGACAGUCUCCUCCCCAUCUGGAAUCUUGAACACCGGAGCCAAUAACCCCCUCACCAUGUAUCUAAACCAAAUGUCCGCCCAACACGUUCAAGAGCAGGAGAACCGGUUGAAUGAUCCUAUGGCCCUGGCGGCCCUCCAGUCCCAAUCCCAGUCCACUUCCCAGCAGCAAUCACUUUAUAACGCCGCGAGUACCGGUGAACUCGCUAAUGGAAGCAUCGAAGCCCCACUACAUCAGCACAAGCCAUCCGCCAAUGGUUUUCUGAACGUUACCAGCGGUUCCACGGGGCCUGGGCACCAUGCCACGGCUAGCACCAGCAGUCUGAGCGUCCCCCGCGCCCAGCAUUCCCGGGCUGUGAGCUUACCAUCAUUUUCCCAGGAGCCAUUUGGUCCCAUGGCCAGUCAACCUGGUCGCUCAGGGGUGACCCACCAAGCUCAAAGCAGUUUCUCAAGCUUUACCUCUGCCCUAGGCGGACUCAAUCAUAGCGGCUUCGGACUAGCCAUCCAAAACGAAAGCUCACUACCUGGUUGGGCUGAAGAAGAAAUUGGGGCUAAAUAA